AUAUUCGUAGCCGGCAUUACUUAUUGCCUAUCUGACUGUCUUAGUGCCUGUACUCAACAUAAGUUUGUUUUCAGAAACGAAGGCAUGUCCAUUAGUUUGUUCGAAAAGCUCGAAUUGGCACAUCAGGAAUGCGUCGUUAGUUUAACGCAGCAGUACCGUAUGAACCGAGAAAUUGGUAGUUUAAGUAGCGCUCUGUUUUAUGGCAGCCAGCUUCGCUGUGCGAACGAAAUGCUCGAAAGCUUGACUCUUGAACUCCAGCAGCCAGUAGACGAAAAUAUCCCUGGAUGGAUAAAGAAAUGUUUGAGCACUGCUGUCAGUGAUGCUGUCGUGUUUCUUGACACUUCUUACUCAGAAGACAUGAGAUGCGAAAAUUUUGGCUCUGGGUGCUUGAGAAACGAUGGAGAAGCUACUCUUUUGUGCCAAAUUUGUGAACAUUUUCUAAAGGUGAGUGAUGGUAAUAAAAAAUUUAUAGUUCGAUAUCAGGUGGACAUAUUCUUGAUAUUGCUUAUAAAAAAUACGUUGCAAAUUAACUGGUUAACAAAUAGUAGUACAACUAUUACAAAUAGAGCAACGCACAAAGACGUUAAAGGAAGUGUUUUAACUCGAUUGUUGGAUAAUGUUCUCAUGAGCUACAAGAUAAUCAAAAACUUUAAUGUUCACAUCUUUGUGAACAUUGAGGAAUCACACCUUAGAUAUCUGGAAGAAAGUUACACUAUUAUCCUCAUACAACCUCGCUGGAUGAUCAUUUUUUGGGAUUGUGAUAUAUUUUUUCAGAUGGACGCUGUCGCACAUUUUCCUUUUAUUUCACUUAUCCGUUGUUCAGACUUUUGUACGUUUUCUAUAGCAUUCAGGGUAAUAGCGUUAUACGGAUAA